AUUAUUUGCAUCGAAAGGUUUUGGGAUAGCCUUUCUGAUGUUGUUGCUAUGGUGAUGGGACUUCACACCGAAGCUAUGGGAAGACAAUCAACCGUCUGUUAAACAGCAGUCAACAAACCAUUUCCUUUAAUAAAAACAUGGAGGAACGCUUCGCAUUUCUGGCUGAGUGGUAUGACCCCAGCGCCGCUCUCCUGCGAAGAUACCAGCUGCUUUACUACCCUAAAGAUGGCUCUGUUGAGAUGUUUGAUAUGAAAAACCAACGGACCUUUCUACGGCGGACCAAGUAUGAUGACCUUCAUGCAGAUGAUCUGUUUGUUGGAAACAGAGUCAACGUCUUCUCUCGUCAGCUGAACCUCAUUGGUUACGGGGACCAAUAUACGACAAACAAACUGGGCAGUAAGAAGGAGAGGACUCUGGCUAUGAUAAAGCCGGAUGCAGUCACUAAAAUUGGCGACAUUAUUCAGAUGAUAUAUGAUGCCAACCUUAUUGUCACCAAAGCAAAAAUGACCAAACUUACAUGGAAGCAGGCAGCGGACUUUUACACGGAACAUCAGUCAAAGUCUUUUUUCAAUAAUCUAGUGCAGUUUGUGAGCUCUGGUCCAGUGAUCGCUAUGGAGUUGAUGGGAGAUGAGGCGGUCUCAGUCUGGAGAAAAGUUCUUGGCCCGACUGAUUCUGGUGUGGCCCGAAAAGAUGCAGCUCACAGUCUCAGAGCCCAAUUUGGUACCGAUGGAACUAAGAAUGCAGGACAUGGGUCAGACUCAUUGGCGUCUGCUGCACGGGAGCUGGAGUUUUUCUUCCCCUCCACCGCAGGUCAUGGGCCCUCCAACACAGCCAAGUUUUCUGACUGCACCUGCUGUAUCAUCAAACCUCAUGCCAUCUCAGAGGCACUGACAGGAAAGAUUCUGAAGUCAAUCAUAGAAAAUGGAUUUGAGAUCACAGCUUUACAAAUGUUCAGCAUGGAUCGAGCCAAUGCUGAGGAGUUUUUAGAGGUUUAUAAAGGGGUCGUAGCAGAAUACACUAAUAUGGUGGAUGAACUUUGUUCUGGACCUUGCAUGGCCCUAGAGAUCCAUGCUCCUGAUGCACCCAAAGCCUUCCGGGAGUUCUGUGGACCAGCUGACCCUGAAAUUGCACGGCAUCUUCGGCCCAACACUUUACGAGCUCUCUUCGGCAAAAACAAAGUGCAGAACGGCAUUCACUGCACAGACCUGGCAGACGAUGGGAUCCUGGAGGUUCAAUAUUUCUUUAAGAUUUUAGAUGGGUGAAGCAAACACAAGACAUUUUCCCAACACCAUUUAAAUAAAGACCACUUUAACAAUAAA